AUGCCGAACUGCACGUGUGCUUAUGUUGCACAGUGCAAGAUUCUUAAAAACGAUUCCACAACCACAACCACGACCACAACCACGACGCCACGACCAACCACCAGCGGCUGGCCUUGUGCAAGAGACGGAGAGAAGAUCCGCCAUGACACCAACUGCACCGUCUACUACACGUGUAACAAUGGCUUCCGCAGUAUCAACCUCUGUCCUGGUGGCACGGUCUUCAACCCUCUGAUCCUGACCUGUGACGUCACGGCCAAUGUGAAGGACUGCAAGGACGGAUUGCGUAUUGCUGGCACCACUGCAGUCCCAUGGUGGAGACGCACCACCCCACCCCCCACCACCCCCUCUGCCGUUCGCCCCAGGACCACAACCCGUAAACCCCGUACAACGACACCCCCUCCCACACAACCCCCUGUCACCAGGGCCCCCAGACCACGCACAACAACAACACGACGUGCACAACCACCGCCUGCUCCCCAACAAACCACCACCAGGCGCCCUGCGGCAACAACUCAGUACGUCGCCCCACCACGGGAAGAACCCCCAAGGGACACGGAGCCACCACGUACGGACGCCCCAGAGCCCAGUACGACGACGACAACGACGACGACGACUACAGAAGCGCCACCCAAGGAUGCCGGUGGUAGUAGCAUUAUUGGGAGAGACAGUAACGGAAGGAUAAGGAUCAUAUGCAACAGCAGGAGUUGUGGCGGCAGACGAUCAGGAGCUUCUGCCAUCUCGGCUGAUGCCGUCUCGUUGUUUUCGACAGUUGUUAUGACUGCUUUUACUCUCUUUGUGCUUUCAUAAGAGGUUCUAUUGCAGAUAAGUUAUAGAGAUUUUAUGUGAUACAACUGUGACAGUGAUUGCGCUUGAAAUGAAAAGGAAUUAUCUGGGAUUUAAAAUCGAUUCUGCUAUCCCGGAUGAAACCGUGUAUAUUUUAAUUUUUAAAAAAUGAACAAAAAAGAUGUAACAUCGAAGGCAUUCUGGUUUUUCAAAACAGACAUUUCCUUCUGACAUUCAGGAAUUAGAGAUUGAUAUGAAAAGAAGUCUUAAGACGCUUUCACAUUUAUAAGGAGACCCUUUGCACCGUUGCAAUACAGCGGUGGUGUCACUCGUAAAUAUGAAGAGAAUGCCGAACUGCACGUGUGCUUAUGUUGCACAGUGCAAGAUUCUUAAAAACGAUUGUUUGAUUGAAGGAUGUCAAAACAUCCGAAACUUUAUUUAUUUAUUUAUUUAUUUAUUUUUGAUAUAAUACGCACCCUUGUAUGUUGAGAGGUACAUGUGCAACUUGGAUUCGAAAAUUUUUUUCGAAUUUUUUUUUACUUCAUUUUUGAGAUUCUGUUUUUUAUUUUUCUCUCUCUCUUUUAAGAUUGAUACUUUUCUUAUAUCUGAAGUUCCCAUGGGAUCUUAAUAAAUAUUAUUGUAUAUAUGAAAGUAUA